AUGUCGACCUUCGACGGCUACGUCAAAGAGUUCCCUACGAUCAGGAUCGACUAUUUCAGAUCGGACUCAUCACUGCCCCAUCCAGCAGCAUGCUUCCUCAGUCACGUUCACAGCGACCACCUGCUGGGACUGGAGUCACUGAAGAUGCCAUUCAUAUUUUGCUCAGCGACAACGAGGAGACUACUACUACGUAUGGAGAAGUACCCUCAUCGCAUCAACUUUCAGAAAGGCAUACUGGAGAGUCGCAAACAACACUGGAAGCACUUGAAGAAGCUCCUAAGAGCACUGCCUCUGCAUACUCCCACGAUGAUAGAGCUAUCGCCGAAGCUCACCAUCAACGUAACGCUAAUCGAUGCCAAUCACUGUCCGGGCGCCGUUAUGUUUCUCAUCGAAGGUGACGGCAAAGCCAUCCUGUAUACGGGAGAUGUGCGAGCUGAACCGUGGUGGGUCAAUUCGCUUGUACAAGUCCCAAGCCUGCUGCCGUAUAAUUGCGGACUCAAGCGAUUGGACUGCAUAUACCUCGACACGACUUUCGCGCCUCACGAUGACAAGUACAGACAUUUCCAGACAAAGGCCGAGGGUCUUCGAGAGCUUAUAACAAAGGUCCAACAGUGUCAAGCAGAACGAUUAGCACAGAGUGGGAAGCCACCAACAUACUACUUCCGCGCUUGGACACUGGGCUACGAACAAGUCUGGUUGACAUUAGCAAAUACACUGGGAACCACAAUCCACGUCGAUCCUUAUCAGCUGCGGCUUUUCGACUCAAAGAGCGACGAGGUCGCCAACGCUCCGGGCUACCACACAUUCGAGGGACCGUCCCUUACUGGAUUCGAGGUGGGAAACAAGAUCCAAGAAGGAUGCCUGUCGACAGAUACGACCAGUCUGGACAUUGUUUGGGUCACUCCUAUCAUUUGCAGACUAUCCGACGGAACGGAGCUGCUCGAAGUUGGCGCUGGAGGUGGUGGCGGAGAUCUAUACCAGACAUCAGAGCUUGAGCUCACUCAAGACCUUGACCUGAUCUCAGCAGAGCUCAUCUCUGACCCUGACACACUUGCAAGAUUUCGCAAAGCAAUCCAAGCCGCAAGAGAUGCUGGAGAUCUGACCUUGCCGCUGGAAGGCCUAGGCCUGGACAACGACUCUGAAGUGAAUCUGAAGGACUUCAUUCAACUGCUCUCGAAGGGUGGGGACUGGGCGUCGAAACGAGGGCCAGGACCAGGAGAAAGGAAGUACAAAUGGAAAGGCUCUACCAUAACCUUCCCAUUCUCACGACAUUCAUCUUUGGGUGAGCUUCGUCAUCUGGUUCAGGCUUUUCGCCCAAAAGACCUGUACGCCUGUACGGUCGAAUUGCCAUCGUGGACAGAGGAAUGCAGUAUGCAGGCUCUCUUUGGAGACCUAUGCUCGGAGCAGAUCUUCCACCACGAUGUCGAAGUUCGCGAGGAGGAACGAGACGAUCAUAUAGCAGACGAUGAGACCGAGUCUGUAGUCUCAGAUAUGGACGCACGAGUGUGGGCAAUACGGGCAGAAUUUGAGCUCAAAUCUGGCGGCUCUGAGUUCAUCCUCAUCGACGACGACGACGGCUCCAUUGCAGAUGGCGGCGAAGCAGGAGAGUCUCAAGUCUCUCUGACAACUUCAGCAUUCGCGUCCCAGCGAAAUGAAGACACUAGACCGCGAGAGCGAGCUCCGGAUCACGCAGAGAGAGCCGCGUCGACUCGGCCAGCACCCAGAGCUGAUUUACAUCGCAAAGAUGCAUACGAACGAGCUCGUCAGAGCCUUCGAAGUAGUCAUAGCGGUCCAUGGGACGACUUGGGGAUUCGUAGUAUGGGUUCGAAAGGGCACUCUGAGCCAGAGAUAGAGCUGUAA